UAAGGCGUGGCUUAAAUAAAAAUGGCAGCCAAAACAAUUGACUAUCAACCAGCGGAGAGAUGGGGUCAUUCCACUGUAAAGGUAGGAGACUACCUGUACAUGUGGGGUGGAGACCAGCCUGGCCUCCCUGGAGUUCAUAAUAAUGAAGAGAAGACAUCAAUAUGUUCAGUAAUAGAGGUGUGCCACUUAGAGACUGGUAACUGGGAGCAGAAACCCACCACUGGUGACCCUCCGCUGGGUGUUAUUUAUUAUGCAGCUGCUGCCAUUGGAAGGGAAAUAUUUUAUUUUGGAGGCUAUUGUAAUCAUGACAGCUGCUGUCAUAAUAGUUUGUACAGUUUUAAUGUUGAUACCUUUAAUUGGAAGGAACUGUCUCCUACUACAUCUCAUCAUGGUCCUAUAAUGAAGGCCUACUGUGACAUGAUAACAAUAAAAGUGAACGGUGAGGACUAUCUUGUAGUAAUCGGAGGAGCUGGACUAUCACCUAAUAGUGCCCCCAAACAACCUGGUGCCAAGUACAGGGUGAAUGUCUAUGAACAAUGCAAUGAGAUCCAUUUCUAUAAACUCUCAACAGGAGAGUGGAUUUCGCCGACUGUCACUGGAGACAGACCACCAACUAUUGAUCACUUCACUUUAACAUCAAUUAAUAAUUCCAGUGCUAUAUUAUUUGGAGGUAACAUUCUCUCUGGAUACAGUAGCACUGUGUAUAUUCUUGACUUUACUGAUACAUCAGUGAAUUGUUCAAGGUUACUUAAAUUUGAUCCUGGAGCAUCAGCACAAUGGCCUAAGAAAAGAUGGUGUCAUUCCAGUGUAUUGAUUAACGCUAGCUCGGGACCACACCUACUAGUGGUGGGUGGAAAUUGUGCCGAUGAAUGUAAUGAUGUUUGGAUAUUUGAUAUUAACAAUAAAUCAUGGAAGGAGCUGGUUAAUAUACCAGACAAUGUCACUGAGAAAUAUUCUCAUUAUCUCUCAGUUUGGAGUGUGACUCCAACCACUAACUGGAUAAUUGUGUUUGGAGGAAAGAGGAACUUUUCAACAAUCAUAAGUGAUCCAGCAGUUAUUGAACUCAGAUAUACUAGUAAUAAUGAUUGGUCUACUAGUAUAAUACCUCUGGACCAGUAUCAAGAGAAACUACAAGAAAGGAGAAAAGAAUGGGAAGCAUCUCAACCUGUUCAACCUGAGGAUAGAAGAGAAUCUCAUUGAACACAACAUGUCCACAGCAUUAAAAAAUUGUCUGUGAAUUCUUUUUAUUUUAUUAAUUUUAAAUUUUUAAGAAGUAUUGUAUUUUAUAUUGCUCAUGUGUCGUAAUAAUGUACAGUGAAUUGCAAGUUGUCAUUAUAAUGCCA